GAGAUUCAGUUCGAAACUUUACUUUCCCGCGAUCAUCCAACUAUGUACUCGUAUUCCAGUAUACUCAAGUGUCUGAUCGUAGCUGUGGCCCUGUCUGCAGUGGUUUUUGUUGUCUAUGUGAAAAUUGUGAAAAAGGACCAUGCCGACGACUGGAAGCCAAAACGUGGCUUGGAGAACGUGAAAAUUCAUAUGGGUUGUUUUAGAAAAACAACGCUGAGCAGGGAAGCGUACUCUAAACUGGAGAACCUUAUCUUCCUCGACGAAUCAGAAGUGCGCCAAUAUGUGACCUGUGUGGCCAUCAAGUGGGGCAUCUUCAGCGAGCAACAGGGCUACAACGCUGAACGCCUAGCUAGGCAAUAUAAUUUUGGCCUGCCCGAGGAGGAGGCACUGCAGAUCGCCCAGAGCUGCAUCGACGACAACUCGCAGAAGAGUCCCACAGAUGUGUGGGCUUUCCGAGGAAACCAGUGCGUAAUGGCCAGCAAGAUAGGCGACACCAUUAAGGCCUUUAUGGAGGCAGAGAUGAAAAAAUUGCCGCGGGGUAGGAUGUAAACAAUGCUCUUGUAAUAAUUAAUAAAUGUAACAUCCAAUAUCAUUUCUCCAAAAA